AUGGGCCAGAGGCAUAAUCGACGCCGAACUCGUCCUCGUUCAUCUCAAAGAUCAAAUUUCAAUAAAGGCAAUUCUGUCUCUCUCGUCAAUCAAAUCUCAACUUCUCUUUUACCGGUCUCAUCUAUUUGGAGUCCGGAGUCCUGUUUGGUUCAAUCACCAGUGCCCAAUCAUUCAACCGUAUGCAUUUCACGUGGAUCUCCGGGCGCGGUACCUGCCCCGACCUGGCACAAUGGGUAUACAGCAUGGAAGAUCCGUGAUGCGACCCCACGGAUGGCAACUGGAGGACUAGAGGACGAGCAGUGUCGUCUCUUUGGUGGUGAACCUGGUGAUGAUGAGAGCCUUUGUUACCGCAUGCUCGAAUAUUUCGGCGGUCUUGACUACAUCGACUCGUAA